AUGGCGGAGAUCUUUGGUACUAUAGCAGCAGCAGUCACUCUGGGGCCAGUCAUACUCAAACUCGGCCGCGAACUCCGUGACGGAGCCAGAUCAGUCAAAUUUGCGCGACGCGAACUCGAAGAAUUGGUUAACGAGAUGAGCAUAUUUACAGCUCUUACUUACGAAUUUUACAAUGCCUGCUCUACCAAAAAGAAACAGACAGAACUGGUCCUGUCAGCUCAAGAACGUUUAGCCGACUGGACUGAAGCAGCUAUACAAGAUUUUGAGCAAUUGUCAUACACUGUCGACGCACUGUCUACAGAUCCUAUCUACCAGCAUACCGCUUAUCAAGUAGCCCGCGCCCAUUACGAUUGGUACCGUAGCAAGAGCUAUCUAGAAUACCUACGCGCCUCCCUUAGCGUAGCGAGACAAAGCAUGAACGGGUUUACGAAUGUCUGCAAUAUGGAAUUGCUAGACGAACAACUUGUGUACCUCAAGUCAGUACUCACAACUCAACAAAGAAAGGAGAUAGAACAGGAAUUUGGCAUGCCGGUGGAGAAGCGCAUCAAGGUCAUACAAAGCAUCAGAGACGGACGCGAAUUCCAGCAGAUCGAACUACUUGAAAACCUUAGAGAAGCUUCGAUUAAGGUCUCAACAUUCGAAAAGCAGAACCAACGUACUAAGCCGGCUGAGCAGACCACACAAAUACUGGCAUUCUCGGAGUCAGUGACCCAAUACGUUGAUCGAAUCUUACCUCUAGACAAAGAUGGCAACAGGCCACCUCGUUCAUCACCGCGUUCUAGGAAGGGAUCAAGGUCACCCCGUCACGACUCAUCGCAGACGUCUCAAUCCACUGCUACUAUUCGAACACAAUCCACGCAGCCUUUGUACCAGGGUGCGUCAGCGGCAAUAUCUCCUCCAACAUCUCCUGAGCCCCAGAACAGCCCGCAAGGAUAUGUUCCUUCGGAAUGGGGGUCGCAUUUGGAUCUACCCAUACCGGCUGAAAUAAUGCAUCUCGAGCGGUUCAAGCCGCUCAGGCUCAAAGAGCCGCUCAAGCCCAUCAAUAAUAGAACGAAAGGGAGAGCGGGUCCCGGUCCAGUCACACAGCAGACACGGCUAAGCAGCCAACCUCCGAAGUCUCCAUCAAUCCCACACUACAAGAUAGAUAAACGCGAUACAGCAGAGCCCAGUACUCAACCUACAAAGGAAGCCAAUACAAGAGCCCGUGUUGAGCCUGUUAUCCAGGAAGAGUUCGUAGACGACGCAGAAGAUGGAACUUCUGAAGAAGAAGGCCCACCCAUGGAGCAGACUAGGAAGGCGGGACCGAGUAUAUGGCAGGCUACUGGUGCGUUUGGGGGAGAUAUGCCAAGGGGUUUGCGUAUACGGCGGCAAAGGAGUCAGUCACCUUAG